GAUCCACAAUCCACGUCGGAAUGGCGACCACAAACAUUCGCCGAAUUUUUCACUCUCUGUUAUAUUGCAGCCAUUUGCUAAAAUCUUUUAAGUUCAUUUUCUUUCCCCACUCAAUGUACACACAGCACCCAGUAGUGAGAGGGGAAAAAAAAUGAUAUAUAUAUUCAGACCCUUUGCUCUGUAUUUAGUAGAAGCACCCUUUUGAGCUAAUACAGCCAAGAGUCUUUUGGGGAAUGAUGCUACAGGUUUUUCCCACCUGGAUUUGGGGAUCCUCUGCCAUUCCUCCUUGCAGAUCCUCUCCAGUUCUAUCAGGUUGGACGGUAAACAUUGGUGGGGAGCCAUUUUCAGGUUUCUCCAGUGAUGCUCAAUUGGGUUUAAGUCGGGGCUCUGGCUGGGCCAUUCAAAAACAGUCACGGAGUUGUUCUGAGCCUUUGUCUCAUCAGACCAGAGAAUCUUAUUUCUCACCAUCUUGGAGUCCUUCAGGUGUUUUUUUUUUUUUUUUGGAUCAAACUCCAUGCAGGCUUUCAUGUAAUUAUGGAGGCCACUGUGCUCUUAGGAACCUUAAGUGCAGCAGAACUUUUUUUUUGCAACCUUGGCACAAUUCUGUCUCUGAGCUCUUCAGGCGGUUCCUUUGACCUCAUGAUUCUCAUUUGCUCUGACAAGCACUGUGAGCUGUAAGGUCUUCUCUAGACAGGUUUUGUGGGUUUCCGAAUCAAGUCCAAUCAGUAUAAUCAAACACAGCUGGACUCCAAUGAAGGUGUAGAACCAUCUCAAGGUUGAUCAGAAGAAAUGGACGGCACCCGAGUUCAAUAUACGAGUGUCACAGCAAAGGGUCUGAAUACUUAUGGCUGUGUGAUAUUUCAGUUUUUCUUUUUUAAUAAAUCUGCAAAGAUUUCAACAAUUCCGUUUUUUGUCAAUAUGGGGUGCUGUGUGUACAUUAAUGAGGAAAAAAAUGAGCUGAAAUGAUUUUAGCAAACGGCUGCAACGUAACAAAGAGUGAAAAAUUGAAGGGGGUCUCAAUACUUUCCGUACUUUUCAGUGACUGCACUGUUAGGUCUCCAAACUGUCCUGUACUGGGAGUGUCCACUGGGUGUCUACAGACUCACAUCAGAACUUGAUUCCUUUACUGAAUGUGAAUAUUCUUUCUUUCUUUCUUUCUUUCUUUCUUUCUUUCUUUCUUUCUUUCUUUCUUUCUUUCUUUCUUUCUUUCUUUCUUUCUUUCUUUCUUUCUCUUUCUCUCUUUCUUUCUUUCUUUCUUUCUGGUCCACUGUUCCACGGCUUCCCAGGGAGGCUGAGGAGUGUGAUCCCCCUGUAGUUGGAACACAUCCUCCGGUCCCCCUUCUUAAAAAGGGGGACCACCACCCCAGUCCGGCAAUCCAGAGGCACUGUCCCCGAUGUCCACGCGAUGUCGCAGAGGUGUGUCAACCAGGACAGCCCCACAACAUCCAGAGCCUUGAGGAACUCCGGGCGAAUCUCAUCCACCCCCCGGGGCUUUGCCACCAAGCAGCUUUUUAACCACCUCGGUGACCUCAACCCCAUAGAUAGGAGAGCCCGCCUCAGAGAACUCAGACUCUGCUUCCUCAUGGGAAGGCGUGUCGGUGGAAUUGAGGAGGUCUUCGAAGCAUUCUCCCCACCGACUCACAACGUCCUGAGUCAAGGUUAAUAUUUAGAGUGAAUGGUGAGCGCGUUCAAGGCAGAGAGAAGCUUGAAGCCGUAGAUUCCCGUCGGUCCGCCCGUCCGUCCGUCUGUCCGCUUGUGGCUGCAUCGUCUCUGGCAUCUUCAUCUCCGUCACCUUCGUCUUCAUCAUCUUGGCCACGGUCAGCGAUGGCGGUCCUUCCACUGCGAGUGCGAAUGUUUCGUGUGGUGUGGCGUGUGAAGAGCGUCUUCAUCCUGGCGUCGGGGCCGUUGGUCCUGCUGCCGCUCGCCCUCAGCACCAAGGAGGCUGCGUGUGCGUACGUGAUCCUGCUGAUGGCGCUGUACUGGUGCACGGAGGUCCUGCCGCUGGCCGUGACGGCGCUGCUGCCAACCAUCUUGUUUCCUGUGCUCGGCAUCAUGCAGUCCAAAGAUGUGUGCAUGCAGUACCUGCGAGACAGCAACAUGUUGUUUGUGGGCGGGCUGAUGGUGGCGGUGGCCGUGGAGCACUGGAACCUUCACAAGCGCAUCGCACUCAAAGUUCUCCUGGUGGUCGGCGUCAGGCCCGCACUGCUGAUGCUGGGCUUCAUGGGCGUGACGGCCUUCCUGUCCAUGUGGAUCAGCAACACGGCCACGGCCGCCAUGAUGGUCCCCAUCGUACACGCCGUGCUGGACCAACUGCAUCGCCACGACGACAUGGAGGAAGGACGCCUGAAGGGACGUCAAGACGGGAACCCCGGCUCGGCAAAGCAGAGCGCCCUAGUGGUGGGGGUGCCUGACGCGGAGGCUUCCGGAAGGACCGGCGAGUCUGGAGAAAGAACGGGAGAGGGCGACGUAACAGCGGAAACGCGCGAGGACGCGAUGAUGUCAUCGCUCAAACCGCCGCCACAAGACAAACCUCCGUCUGCGUCGAAAGCGAGCGCGUCGAGCGUGGUGUGCGUGUUGGAGAUGGAGGAGGCCGACGGCGUGGACGAAGAGCGCAAGCGCUUGAGCAAAGGCCUGCUGCUGAGCGUGUGUUACGCAGCCAGCAUCGGCGGCAUCGCCACGCUGACGGGAACCGGACCCAACCUGGUUCUGCUGGGCCAGAUGAGCCAGCUGUUCCCCCAGAGCGGCGGCGUCAUCAACUCGGCGUCCUGGUUCGCCUUCGCCUUCCCUACCAUGAUGAUAAUGCUCAUGAUGGCCUGGAUCUUGCUGCAGCAGGUCUUCAUAGGACGCAGCCUGCGAGGGGCGUGGUCCUGUGGUGCGGGGCAGGCGGCGAAGGAGCGAGCGGCGCGCGCCGUGAUUGGUGAGGAGCACCGCCGCCUGGGUCCCAUGACCUACGGCGAGGCCAGCGUGAUGGCGCUCUUCCUCCUCAUGGUGGCGCUGUGGUUCACGCGAGAGCCGCGCUUCGUGGACGGCUGGGCCUCGCGAGUCUUCAACGCCGAAGCAGAGUUCGUCACCGACGCCACUGUCGCCCUCAUGGUGGCGCUCUUGCUGUUCGUUCUGCCGUCCCAGCCCCCCAAAUACCUCUGCUGCUGGAGGCCCAACUCGGACCCAGAUGCGCAGGUGUCCCGAGGCCCCGCCCUUCCUUUGUUGACGUGGAAGGUGGCGCAGGCAAAGAUUCCCUGGAACAUCGUGCUGCUGCUGGGCGGAGGAUUUGCGCUGGCCAAAGGCAGCGAGGAGUCGGGCCUGUCGCGCUGGUUGGGCUCCCAGAUGACGCCGCUUCACUCCAUCCCGCCGUGGGCCAUCACCGUGGUUCUGUGCCUUCUCACCGCCACCUUCACGGAGUGUGCCAGCAAUGUCGCCACGGCAACGCUACUGCUGCCUAUACUGGCCUCAAUGUCCCAGUCCAUCAGCGUGAAUCCUUUGUAUGUGAUGAUCCCGUGCACCCUGAGCGCCUCCUUCGCCUUCAUGCUGCCCGUGGCCACGCCCCCCAACGCCAUCGUCUUCUCCUCGGGCUACCUCAAAGUGGCCGACAUGGCAAAAACCGGCGUGGUGAUGAACAUCAUCGGCAUCGCGUGCAUCAGCGUGGCCAUCAACACUUGGGGCCGCGUCUUGUUCUCGCUGGACUCCUUCCCCGAGUGGGCCAACGCAACCACGCCCAUUUAGCUCCACAAGCUCCUGACUUGUCAUGCUUUUUUUAUGAUAUUAUUUUAUUUUGAAAAAUCGAAAAUAAUAUUAUAAAUUAAUAUUUAACACGUUCACGUAAAUGAUAUAUUCUCCUUUAGACUCCUUCAGACGUUGUUAUCGUUUUUGUUUAUUGUUGUUGUUCUUUCGUUAAAUUUUUUUACUUUUGUUAUUGCUGUACAUUCUUGUACAUAUGUAACAUCCUAACACUUAUGACCUUAAAAUAAAUAUUUCACACAAAA